AUGGCUCUGUUACUUUUAAUUUUGGUGAUGGUCCUCAUUAUUGGUGGACUCUACCAUCUGGGAAUGUUGCGUACGAGAAGACCAGAUGAGCCUCCAUUAAUCAAAGGUGCAAUACCAUGGCUGGGAAAGGCUCUAGAAUUUAGAAAUGAUAUGACUGCAUUUUUGCGUAAGAUGUGGAAGAAGCACGAGGACAUUUUCACAGUUCAGCUUGCCGGUCGUUAUUUUACAUUUGUAAUGGAUCCUCUGUCUUUUGAGGCUAUAAUACAAGAAAGCACCACAAAGCUGGAAUUUACUGAAUUUGCUGAAGAAUUAGGAUUGAGAUUGUUUGACUAUCAUUCAAAAGUAAAUGACUUACAAAUGUUAAAAAAAUCAAGUACCAAGUAUAUCAUGGGUGAUGGCCUGGCAGUGUUGGCUCAGGUCAUGACGGAAAAUUUUCAGAACGUCAUGCUACACAACAUGGGAAGUGUUAAGGGUGACAGAAAAUGGCACCAGGUUGGGUUAUUUAAAUAUACGCACAGCAUUGCUUUCAGAACUGGUUACUUGUCCUUGUUUGGUAAUGAGCCAGUUAAAAGUAAAGAAAAGGCCCAGGAAUGUGAUUGGGAACAUGUUCAAGAGCUGUUUCAAGAAUUUGUGAAGUAUGACAAGUUACUUCCUGGUCUGGCCUAUUCAGUUCUUUCUCCAAAAGAAAAUAUAGAAGUAAAGAGGUUAAAGAUGAUGUUUUGGAAGAGGUUAUCUGUAAAGCAAACUCUACAAAAAGAAAAUAUUAACGGUUGGAUCACUGAACAGAUUAGACAGAGAGCUGAAAUUGGGGUUCCAGAACAUAUGCUAGAUAGGCUCAUACUUUCUCUUCUGUGGGUUUCUCAAACUAAUACAGGUCCUGGUUGUUUCUGGUUCCUCCUCUAUCUAAUGAAACAUCCUGAAGCCAUGCAAGCAGUGAGGGCAGAGGUGGAAGUGGUUCUCAAAGAAACUGGUCAAGAUAUAAAGCCUGGAGGCCCUCGUAUUAACCUCCCCAGAGAUAUGUUACGGAAGAUUCCCAUCAUGGACAGUGCCAUGGAAGAGACCCUACGUUUAAGAGCAGCUCCAAUUCUCACCAGAGCUGUGAAAGAAGGUGUAAAAUUCAAGAUGGCAAGCGGGAUGGAUGUUUCCAUUAGAAAAGGAGACAGGAUUGGCCUUUUCCCUUAUAUUGCUAUCCAAAUGAACCCGGAGAUUGUUGAUCCCGAAGUGGAAAUUCCAAGUAUUGAUCCAAACCGGUGGGGUUUUGGUGUUAAGCAGCCAACUCGUGAUGUCCAGUUUAGGUACAGACUCCGCUUUUAAUUUUAGGAAGAAGCAAUAAAAGCCAUUCGAUUUCCAUUGUAA